GCUGCUAUUAAAAGAGCUCAAAUCCCCAAGUAUUUCUGUGUCAGGGGGCGUCUGUCAUGUUGGAGGAGCUCUGAGAGCGAGCUGCUGACGCUGCAGUUCCUCAAAGGACAGAAACCCAGAGUCCAGAACACCUACAAACUGCUGAGACACAGACAUCCUGCAGGAGAUGGACCCGGUGUGGACCACCACGGUCCUGCUAGUACCAUGUGUGGUGGUGCUCACAGCUGGAUUUUUCUACCUGUACGGUGUGGUGAUGGGCCUGCUGUCCAAAACAUCAGUACGCAACAAGGUGGUGGUUAUCUCUGAUUCUCUGUCUGGGCUGGGAAAAGAAUGUGCAGGCGUGUUUCACAGAGGGGGGGCUCGGCUGAUCCUCUGUGGGAAAAGUUGGGACAAACUUGAAGAACUUGCAGAUGAUUUGGCAAAUGCCUCAGACCCGACUUUAACGUUUCCUCCUAAACUGGUGCUGCUGGAUUUUGGAGACAUGGACAGCAUGCAUGAGGCUAUCCAGGAGAUCCUUGAGUGUUACGGCUGCCUGGAUAUCCUCAUUCUCAACAGCAGCAUGAAGGUUAAAGCCCCAGCUCAGACUGUGUCUCUGCAGAUGGACAAAUUGCUCAUGGACAACAACUACUUUGGACCAGCCACGCUCGCUAAAGGUGUGCUGCCGUCGAUGAUCUCCAGGAGAACUGGUCACCUGCUGCUGGUCAACAGCAUCCAGGGGAAACUAGCUGUUCCAUUUCGCACCGCAUAUGCAGCCUCUAAACAUGCAGUCCAGGCGUUCUUUGACUGCCUGAGAGCUGAGGUGGAGGAGUACGGCAUCUCUGUGAGCACCAUCAACCACACCUUCAUCAGUACCUCGGCCUCUGGAAACAGUGAAACCCCUUCCUCUAAAUCCAUCUUGUCAUUCCUGUACACUAAGAAACCUCUAGGUGUUUCUCCAGAAGAGGCAGCGACCGAGAUCAUGAAGACUCUGAGUAACAAGAGCAAGGAGGUGCUGAUUGCUCCCUCUCUCCCAAAGGUGGCACUCUACACCAGGUCCUUCUUUCCCAACGUCUUCUUCGCUGUGAUGGCUGCAGGUGUAAACCAUGCUGCUGCCUCUGAGAACAUGUAGAUCUGCAGCCAUAAACUGUGAUGACAUGAGGAAAGAAUGAUGGUGAAACUCAUCAGUCGUAAUGUUGCUGUAGGUCUGAAGCUGCAAGCCAAUUAAAUAAGUAUGACUAAUCACAUGUUUUGUCUUGUCUUGUCCUGCCAUCAAAUCAUUUUGCUUCAUUUAAACUCAGAU